GUGUCGGCGCACCGCGGAGUGCAGCGCUCUUGGUGAGCCUGGCACCCGGAGUAGCCGUCUCCCCCUCCCCCUGCCAGAGCCGCUAGAAGCCCCCUCUCCUGUCCUCUCCGGACAGGGGCAAGCAGGGCUGCACUGUCCCAGGCCGCCGGGGCGGAACCCGGAGCCCCACUGAGCGCUGCAGAGCCAACCUCACCUCCUGCCCAGGGCGCAAGUGUGAGCCACUGCCCCAUGCUGUGUUGAUGCUGGGCUGCCAUGCUAGCCUGUCUGCCAGGGCCAGGUGACCUGUCCUUUCAGCUUCUUUCUCACACGCAGAUGAACACUGGACUUCAGAAAUGGGACACUACACAGAAAAUGAGAACUGCUCACUAUCCUACCCCAGCCGAAUUGGACGCGUAUGCUAAGAAGGUCGCAAACAACCCACUGACUGUAAAAAUCUUCCCCAACAGUGUGAAGGUUCCCCAGCGGAAACACGUUCGUCGUACUGUGAACGGCCUCGACACGUCAGCCCAGCGCUACAGCCCCUACCCGACUCAGGCUGCCGCCAAGGCGGGCCUGCUUGCCAUUGUCAAAGUGCCAGCCAAAAGCAUACUCAAGGACUUUGACGGCACCCGAGCCCGGCUACUCCCUGAGGCCAUCAUGAACCCCCCAGUGGCACCCUAUGCUACUGUGGCACCCAGCACUUUAGCCCACCCCCAGGCCCAGGCUCUGGCCCGCCAGCAGGCCCUGCAGCAUGCACAGACCCUGGCCCAUGCCCCUCCCCAGACACUGCAGCACCCUCAGGGUAUACCACCACCACAGGCACUGUCUCACCCGCAGAGCCUCCAGCAGCCUCAGGGCAUGGGCCACCCUCAGCCGAUGGCCCAAACCCAGGGCUUGGUCCACCCACAGGCCCUAACUCACCAGGGUCUCCAGCACCCCCCUAAUCCCUUGCUGCAUGGAGGCCGGAAGAUGCCAGACUCAGAUGCUCCCCCGAAUGUGACCGUGUCUACCUCAACUAUCCCCCUUUCGAUGGCGGCCACCCUGCAACACAGCCAGCCCCCGGACCUGAGCAGCAUCGUGCACCAGAUCAACCAGUUUUGCCAGACGAGGGCAGGCAUCAGCACUACCUCAGUGUGUGAGGGCCAGAUCGCCAACCCCAGCCCUAUUAGUCGCAGUCUGCUCAUCAAUGCAAGCACGCGGGUGUCGACCCACAGCGUCCCCACGCCAAUGCCUUCAUGUGUGGUCAAUCCCAUGGAGCACACCCAUGCGGUCACAGCCGCACUGCCUGCUGCAGGCCCUGUUAACCUGCCCGCAGGCAUCGCUCGAGCCCCCACUGGCUACCCUAGCGACCUCAAGCCAGUUACCUGGAACCAGCACCAGCUGGCCCACCUACAACAGAUGUGCAGCGAGGCUGGUGGGACACCGGUCCCCGGCCUGACGGGCAAACAUACAGCAGGACGUGAGGUGGCAGCGCCUGGUUUUGUAGCCAAGGCUCCUGCCUACCCGCAGGAACUCUGCCUGGCACAGUCCUUCCAUCUGAAGCCACCCUUGGAGAAGCCGACCCCGUCCCCACCAGUCAACGGCCUGCCAGCCCCACUGGCCUAUCCCAAUGGUCACUACUUCCAACCCCUGUGGAACAACAUUCUACCAACUCCCAAUAGCGACAGCUCGGGGUCUCAGGACCUCGCCAUGCCGUUCCAUGGUGGGCAGCCCACGGGUGCACCCCUCGACUGUGCGGCGGCUCCUGGGGCUCACUACCGAGCAGGGACUGGGGGUGGUCCAGUGGCAAGCCAGAACAGCGUGAUGCAGACAGUGGAUUACCUGAGUGGGGAUUUCCAGCAGGCCUGCUUCCGAGAACAGAGCCUGGCCAUGUUGAGCAAGGCCCACCGAGCCCCCGGCGCCCGAGCCCCCGACCCCACAGAUAGUCGAAGUCUUCAUGUUCAGCACCCAGGGUAUAGAUAGGGAGCCGUGACGCCCUCCUCAGGCAGCACGUCACACAUCGCCCUUCUAGGUUUAGUCUUACUUUUAAGGAACUGGAUAGUUUGAAAGUUUCACUGCUCCAGUGUGAUCAUCCUUAGAUGUCUAAGGAAGGGAACAUGGCGGGGUCUGUUUGGGGGCAGAAGAAGGUCUUUUAUUCUUCCCUCAAGCAACUCUUGGUUUUCUGUUAGAACCUAACCCUGUCCCCUCAGCCACCUGCCCACUAGGCAGUCUUCACCCUGACCACUUUGACUCUCGCCAUCUUUUUUUGAGCUUCUGUUUGUUUUGGGACUGAGGUAUGGCUGAGGGGAGUGGCCUAGGCCCUCAAGUUAGGCUUCCCUGUCUGGGACUGGAAAACCAGACUUUCUAAGUGCUCUGGAAACUUAAUUCUUUAUUCCCCCAAAGAUGUCAGUCAAAAUAAAUACAAUCCUCACCAUCCCCAGCUGCUCCUAUUCCUCAAGGCUUGGUCUGUUGCUCCCAAGCCGCUGCACUUGUCCUUGCCAAAGCCUUGAGACUCAGAGAAAACCUUUGCAUUGGCAUCUUGGUUCUUAACUCCCCUCCAGAGAAAUGCAGUGGCUAUCUGGCAUUCUCAAGACCUCCUGUCACUGUUGCCUCUCUCCAAACUCAACGACUGUCCUCAUCCCUGCCUCCCCUCCCUCUUAAGAAAAGAAAAAAAAAAAAAAAAAAGAAAGAAAGAAAAAAAAAGCAAAACAAAAACUACCUUACUUGAAUUAGUUAUAGAUAAAGGGUGAUCACAUUAGAGUCUGGAACUAAAAACACCAAAAAAGUUUAAGAAAAGUUAAAAUGCAUUUGGUUCUCUACACUGGCUAAGAAUUAUUAGUCCACACUGUAAGUUCUAAUGUCCUGUUUCUGUGUGAGUGAGUGGGUUGGAGGAGCGCUGUGUAUGAGUGGCCGCAGGUACAUUCGCCCUUACAUUUUGCCACCCUUCAGCUUACUGAAGAACAAAAGGAAAAACACAAAGCCUUAAGCUCUUUGACUUCUUCCUUUACCAAAUGAGCAUGGUUCUGACCGUUGCAGCGGGCUGGUGUUGGAAACGGCCCCUUUGCCCCUUGCCCAUUCUUAGAGCAUCUUCCACCUGUUCCAGGACCAAUGGGACUCAUUCCCAAGUGACAAUUAGUUGUCUAGAAAUUCAACACUUCUCUGUAACUUUAGAUUGUUUUGUUGUAAAUUUUUGCACCUGUCUUCUGUUGCACAGUUGGGCUUUAUAAAUAAUAAUAAGCCCUUGCCUUUCCUCCUGUCGUUGGGGAAUGUGAGCUGAUAACUGAAGGGUUUGGGUUUAUUCUCACUGUUCCUUAGCCAGAAAAUCUGUAGUGAUCUGAAGCAAUGUGGCUGAAGACCAGUUUUUAAAUUAUGUGUUGGCAAGUUGCCUUAUAUUUAAAAGAAGGAAAAAAAGAAAAAAAAAUGCCUGAGUGUGUUAUGCCAAAUGAUAGCAACAUGAAGUCCUAAUUUAUUGUUUCCCUGCCGUCUGUGAACACUGGUACUAUUGUCCUUUCCCCAACCGAGCCCCUCAACUCCUGGUGCAAUGCCCCCUCCAGGGUGCUGGCCACCUUCUCACCCAGGGCCCCCCACUAGCCACUUACCUGAAUCAAAUUUAAAGAGCGCCACACUUGUGUGACCUCCUGUUGACCUACCUGAUGUUGUAGGAUAUUGUAACCCUCUCCCAAAUUCUCCCCGAGAGGGGGCUGCCACUGCAGGAAACUGGACCAAACACCAACCUGUGGGCUUCCACACCUCACUCCCACCUCUAGUGUGCAUGGAAAACGUACCGAUACCUUCACCCUUAAAUGACCGCCCUCAGCUUUGGUGUUAGACGUUUUCUACUUCAACCUGAUUGCCCACCCCCACCCCAGCCAGUUCCCAGCCAGCAAUAAGUGCCCAGCCAGGGUCUCCUCUCCACACUCCUUGCCUCCAAAGCCCCAUGCCACGUCAAGGGAAAACCUGGAUCCUCCACUCUAGCCACAUACUGUAGCGUUUGUUCUCCAUCUCACCUCACCUGCGGUUAGAGGUGUGGUUGCCUUUUUUUUUUCUUUUAAGAUUAUAAAGCAGUAAAUCAAAAACCUCA